AUGGACCCCUACGAAACCCUGGGAAUAGCAUCUGACGCUUCCCAGGAUGAUAUCAGGAAAGCAUACAGACGUUUGGCCCUCCAGCACCACCCGGACAAGGUUGCAGACAAAUCCUUGAGAGAAGAAAGCGAGAUCAAGUUUAAAGAAAUAGCAGCCGCAUACGAGCUUCUGAGCGAUGAAGAAAAGAGAUCCAACUACGACAAAUACGGGGAGACCAACGGGUUUUCAAACGGAUUCGGUGAUGACUUCAACGAUGGAGAUUUCGCCAGUUUUUUCGGUAAUUUCUCAAACAAUCGCUACAAUGACGAAUACAACGAAGGCUCACCCAAUGGUGCUUCGCACACGCCCGACGCUCACGUACCCUUGCGUCUAUCAAUGCAGGACUUAUACAACGGCAGAACUGUGAGAUUCCAGUCUAAGCGUAAUAUCGUUUGCCAUCGGUGCGACGCAACAGGUAUACGGAAGAAGGCUCGACAUGCCCCAGUUUGCCCUCAAUGCGAUGGAUCCGGUAUAAAACAGAGACUCAGAAGAGUGAGUCCCGGAUUUGUAACGCGCGAAAUGGUGCAAUGUGAUCACUGUAAGGGCUUGGGUAAAAUUGUCCGGCCUGAAGACCUGUGCAAGAAGUGUCACGGGAAGAGGGUCGUUUCAGAGACAAAAGAACUAAAGGUUUACAUUCCCCGUGGAACUCGUCAUAACGACAGGAUUGUUCUGAAGGGUGAAGCAGACGAAGAGCCAGGCAAGCUUCCAGGCGAUCUGGUGUUCGAUAUAGAUGAAAACAGCACUACGAGCAGUCUUGAGCGCCGGGGACUCGAUUUGCAUACCAAGAUGACAAUCUCUUUAUCUGACGCGCUUUGCGGUUUCGAAAAAGACGUUUGCGUUCAUUUGGAUGAGCGUGUAAUAAGGCUGAAAAUACCGACGGGCCAAGUAUUGAGACCAGGAAAUUUCAUACGCCUUCCAAAUGAAGGCUGGCCUUUGAACAGCCAAGGAAGCAAUUUCGGAGACAUGUACGUGCAGCUCGAUAUUCAAUUUCCUCCGGACAACUGGUUUAGUGAGAGAUGUGACCUCCAAACGUUGCGAAAUUUGUUGCCACAGGCUGGUUCAGCUUCGAGCGCUUCAAGUUCCCAAAAAAUAACAGAUCACGUCAAUACAGAGUAUCCUUCCAGUUUUACGGUGGUAAAAAGCUCAGAAGAGCUGCCUACGUAUUUGUCGGAAGAGCCUGAGCCGGAGGGCCCACAAUGCGCACAACAGUAA